CAAUUUGGAGUUUGAACUCGAUCAACACACCAAAAUAAACAGUAUUACUAGAGCUCAUCAGCCACAGACAUCAUGGGUGCCUCGCAGUCCAAGAUGCCCUUUGAAGAGAAAGCCGUUAACACCACGGACGAUGAAUACGUCCAUGUUGAGAAUGGGCUCAUAGGUGAGAAGGGAACGAUCACAGGCAUUACCAAAAACCGUACGCCAGAAGGUCUCUCCUUCUCAACAGUCUCAAAAUGGGAGGGUACACUUCUGGAAGACCCCAAGAACAGAUUGGCCCUGUCCGCCCUGAGCGCCGCCAACCCCCGUGAUGUCCUCCUUUCACGCGCAGUCAAGAUCGCGGAGCAGCAGGUAUUCAACAUCAAGAUCCCGUUCGAAGGGGGUCCCAUCACCAACCAGCGGCAAAGCGGGCGCUGCUGGCUCUUCGCGAGCACCAACGUCUUCCGCGUUGCCCUGAUGCAAAAGUACAACCUCGACCAGUUCGAGCUCUCGCAAGCCUACCUUUUCUUCUGGGACAAGCUUGAGAAGAGCAACUGGUUCCUGGAGCAGAUUAUCUCCACGGCCGACCAAGACCUCGACUCACGUCUCGUGCAGCGCUUACUUCACGAGCCCCUCAGCGACGGCGGCCAGUGGGACAUGGUCUACAAUCUCGUUGACAAAUACGGCCUCGUCCCGCAGACGCUGUACCCGGACUCCUUCAACGCCAGCUCUAGCAGCGUCAUCAACAGCAUCAUCUUCACCAAGCUGCGCGAAUACGCCCUUGUCCUGCGCAAGCUCCUCUCCUCCUCCUCCUCCUCCUCCACCAACCCCGGCACGGCAACCCAACAAACCCUCAGCAACACAAAGGCCAAAAUGAUGAAAGAAAUCCACGCCAUCCUCACCCUCACCCUUGGCCCCCCUCCCUCGGCCACCGGCGAGUUCACCUGGUCCUUUGUCGACCGCUCCGGCAAGGCGCGCACUGUCCGCUCCACACCCAAAGCCUUUGCUCAGGACAUCUACUCGCCCAAGUUUCGUCUUACCUCGUCGACCAUCAGCCGCAUGGUCUCCCUCGUGCACGACCCGCGCCACCCACCUCUUACUCUCAUGACAGUCGACCGCCUCGGUAACGUCGUCGGCGGGCGCAACAUCACGUACAUCAACGUGGACAUGGCCACGCUCAAGUCCGCGUGCGUGAGCAUGCUCAGGGCCGGGUAUCCCGUCUUCUUCGGUAGUGACGUGGGCAAGUUCAGCGAUCGCGUAGCGGGGGUGAUGGAUCUAGAUCUGAUUGAUUACGAGCUGGGCUUUAACGUGUCGUUGUUGGGCGCUGAUAAGGCGAGUAGACUGCGGACAGGCGAGAGUCUGAUGACGCAUGCGAUGGUGUUGACGGCUGUGCACCUGGAUGAGGAAACCAACAAGACGGCUAGGUGGCGGGUGCAGAACUCGUGGGGGACGGGGGUGGGCGAGGAGGGGUGGUUUGUGAUGAGUGAUGGAUGGAUGGAUGAGUUUGUGUAUCAGGCGGUGGUGGAUGUGGAUUUUCUGAGCAAGGAGGUGAAAGAUGUGUUGAAGCAGGAGCCGGUGGUGUUGCCGUUGUGGGAUCCUAUGGGGUCUUUGGCUUGAGUUUAGCCGGGUGCUAACUGGUGAUGUGUGUGUGAUGUUAUGGGAGCUGAUGAUUCUGAAGAAUGUCACGCCAUGACUGAUGGAUCUUGAAGCCGGGAGUUUUACUCGGACAGAUGAGCAAGGUAGUGAUAUUGACAUUUCGUUUCGUUUCUACAUCUCAGCUCUUUUUAACGUUUGUAGGACCGUACUCUUUAUUAACACCGAGCAGCCACUCAAUCGCUCCUGCCCCCUUUAAUCCCAUGGCAGGGUAUUCGCUUGGACUAUAUCAGCCCCAAAUUCAUAAUCUUCCAUUAGCC